CUUCUGUGAAAAAACAUGUUUAGCUAUGGAGAAAAUAUUACCUUGGUUACAAACAGUGAUAAAGUUUUAAUGAUGUCACGGUUUGGAAUUGGUACAACUAAAAAUCCCCCCUGGGCCCGCCAGGCACCAGCAGAGUUUAUCACUGUAACUGCUGCAACUUCAUUGAGCUCACUGAGUCAACCUCAAGCAACCACAGCUCUAUUACACCAGCCAUCAGCUGGCGUUCCAAAAGCUACUGUCUAUUCAAUAACAACACCAACCUCAGCACCCAUUGCGCAACCACAGUAUGCACCACAGCAACUCCCUCCAGUUGGUAUGCAAGGACAACCACCAACCUUACAGCCUGGUCAGGUUCUAUCCCAGCCUGCUAUUGCUAUCCCAACAAGCCUGGCCACAACUACUCAAGUUGCCAGUGUUUCCUAUCCUCCCCCAGUGGGCAGCACCCGGCUAGCUCCAGCUCAGCAGUCUCUUAAGCAGAGGUUCUUCACAGGAACAGUCACCAAGAUUAUGGAUAAUUUUGGUUUUGUUGAUGAUGAUGUCUUUUUUCAAAUGAACUGUUGUAAAGGUCCACUACCAAAAGUAGCUGAUAGAGUUUUAGUGGAAGCUACAUACAACCCUAAUAUGCCUUUCAAGUGGAAUGCUACUCGAAUUCAAGUUCUUCCCAACCAGAAUGUGGCUCCAGCACCAAUGGGUCAGAUAGCCAAUAGCCAAACUCUGGUCAUCUCCAACCCAACGACCCUUGUGGGAUCUUCUCCACUUGGAGUGACUGCAACUGUGGUCACCCCAACAAUUGCUCAAACUCCAGUCAUGGCACCAAGCAUUGCUCCACCAGUGUCGCCAAACAUAACUCCAUCCAUUCCAACUCCUGUUGCUGCCCCUCCACCUGUACAGCCACCAACAAUAAACCAGCAGCCACCUCCAUUAAUGGGACAGAUACGACCUCCUGUUGCAACAGUUGCACCUCCACCAUCUCUAAUUCAGCAGAGUGGUACAAUACGGGUCCCUAUGUCAGCUCGGCGUGGCACAAUGGGAAUGAGAUUUGAUCGUGAUAGAGAGCGAGAACAAAGAGAUAAAGACAGGGAGAUGCGCGAGAGGGAAAGGCGAGAGCAGAGGCGGGACAAGUCAUUGAACAAACGACCACGGUCUCCAAAUAAUCAUCGUUCCCAUUCACCAUCUCAGAGAGCUCGCAGUCCAAAGAGGAGGCGGAACCCACGGGUUGUACCGCGAUAUGUUGUUCAGAUACCAAAAUUAUCAUUAGAAACGAAAGAAGCUAAUGUCAUGGUCCUCAAAUCCCGUUAUAGUAACCUCUACAUCCCUAGUGACUUUUUCCAAGCAAAUUUCACAUGGACUUCAGCUUUUCCUUUGUAUCGUCCAUUCCAGCUGGGCACUGAUUGUGCUUUUCAUGUGAUGCCUAAAGACACUGAGCCUGUCAGUCUUAAUGGCACCGAGUGUAGCGCACCAGCACUGGAACCUUCUGAUGCUGACCAUUUAUACAGUGCAAAAGUGAUGUUACUGUCAAGUCCGAAAUUAGAAGACAUCUUCUCAAAGUGCUGUGGGUCAGCUGACGAUAGUCUAGACAAUUCCCGCAGUGAACAGAUCAAUUACCAACACCCAACCCGUCUGAUUCAGUUUCUUGUCGGGUUGAAGGGCAAAAAUGAACCCAUGUCUAUAGGUGGGCCUUGGUCUCCAUCGCUAGAUGGUCCAAAUCCAGCUGAGGACCCAAAAGUACUAAUCAAGACUGCUAUCCGUUGUACUCGUGCCCUAACUAACAUAGAUCUCAGUAUGUGCACACAGUGGUAUCGAUUCGCAGAGAUACGGUACAUUCGUCCUGAGGAGAUGCACAAGGGCUUAUUUGUGCUCAUCCAGCAGAGCAUGCUCACUUUAGUUGUAUUCAACAUUAAUACAUCCCCUACAUUGAAUACCUGUGAAGAAGAGGAAGCUAUGAAUACAGAAAAAGAGCCUACACAUUUUUCUGAAUUGGAUCCCAAAACAAUGAAAAUAGUUGAUCUACGCCGAGAACUGGAAGAUCGGAACUUGAGUUCUAAAGGAUUGAAGUCACAGCUAAUAGCUCGACUAACAAAAAUUCUGAAAAGUGAGAAGGAGGAAGAAGAAGAAUUAGAGAAUAACAAAGCUGCAGCAGAAGAAGCUGUCAAAAAACAGGAAGAGUUUCAUAAAUUGGAAAUUGAAGACAAAGAUGACAAGAGGAAGAAAGAAGAAGAGGAGAAAAGGCGACGAGAAGAAAAAGAGCAAGCCAUGAUGGAACGCAAGUACAAUUUGCCUGAUAAACCCUCCAUUAUAGUCCACCCGUCAACAACUGCAAAGGGCGGCAAGUUUGACUGCACUGUCAUGUCGCUUAGUGUCCUGUUGGAUUAUCGCCAAGAGGAUAAUAAAGAACAUUCCUUCGAGGUUUCUUUGUUUGCUGAGUUGUUCAAUGAAAUGUUGAUGCGGGAUUUUGGCUUCAAGAUCUACAAGGCUCUUGUUCUCGCGCCAGAAAAGAAGGAUGAGGAGAAGCUUAAAAAGAAAUCUGAUGAUAAAUCUAUAAAAGAAAAGGAUCUCAAGAAAAUAGAAGAAGAAAAAUCAGAAAAGAAAAAGGAAGAAGAAAAUCCCAAGGAAAUGAAUGGCAAUGAAGAAGAUAUGGAAGAGGAUGAACCUGAUGAUGAGGAUGAUGAUGAAGACAAGAAAGACAGAGGAAAAAGAGACCGGGAUGAGAAGAAGAAGGAGAAGAAGAAGUUCUACACAUUUGAUCCUGCUUUGUUACUAGCAUUUGUAUAUUUUGAUCAGAAUCAUACAGGCUAUCUGUUAGAUAAAGACAUUGAGGAAAUCAUGCACACUGUUGGCAUGCAGUUGUCAAGAGCUCAGGUACGAAAAUAUGUCCAAAAGCUUGUGUCACGUGACACUUUAAAUUAUCGUAAAUUGACGGAUAAGCCGAAAUCUGAGGAUGCUUCUGAAGAUGGAAAAAUUGAUUCAAAAGGUGCAGACGUAGAUGAUAUUAAACUUGCUCAAGGAAAUUAUCAUUUUUUAAAUGCUAUAAAAGCUAAGAACUCUUCAGAGGACUUGGCAGUAACAUCCAAAUUAAAAGGUGAGGGAGAGGAAACAGCUCCCAAUUCUGGAUUUAUUAGCUACAAUGGAGCUUUAAUCGAUAUUGAUAGUAUUACUCAGCGACUAGAGAAAAGCGAGAAAAAUAGGAGUGCCUUGGAAGAAAAGUUACAGGAUUUCACUGCUGAAAUUGAUUUGCUGAAGGAUAAAGCAUUAAAGCGUGAAGAUUUAGUGAAACAGUUGCAACAGGAACUAACUAUAAUUAAAAAGGAGAAAGAAGAGCAAAUAGAAGCAGUGUCGUCAACUGAAAGUGAAAACAGACGGCUAUUUACUGCUCUAAAACACUGUGAAAAGACAUUGACUGGUCUUCUGAAGGGUGUUACUACCAGUCUUACACCUUUAAUAAUAGACAAGAAAAAGAAAUUUGAUAAAAAGGUGAAAAAUGAAAAUGAUACUGGAGAAUAAAUGUUUCAAAGUCCUCCAAAGGAAAUGUUUGGAUAAAUUAUGAGAAUGAGAAACGUACCAAGGAAUUUUUUUUUUUUUUUCCUAACUUGAGGUUCCACCACUCUCUACCUUGUCCAUAUUUCAGUUACAAUAAACUAAAGGCCAGCAACAACACAACUGUCAUCACUCUUCCCUCCACCCAUUUUUCUCUUUGGGUCCCUCUAUUCUUUGUCCUCUUUCAUCUGUGCUCUUGAUUAAUCCUGAACUGUUAUCUACUUAUGCAGUCUUUCCAAUGUGUAGAUUUGCUUGGAUUUCAAUGAUUACCAAAUACAGCAAAGAUGGAAACGCUUGCUUGCUUGUUUGUUUGGGGGUUUUAUUUUUUUUGUUUGAUUUUUUUUUCUUGCAUUGAAAAUAGAAAUUCCAUCAAACAAUUGAAAACAUUUGUUUUUUUUCCUCUCACUCUCUCAUUUCACUGUUGAAUUUGUAAAUCUGGCUAUCGAGGGUGCAAUGACUGAAGAAAGAGUACAAUAAUAAACUGGUAUCUGCAGGGACAUGUCAAUAUUAUGGUUAAAAAAAACAACUUCAGCAACCACUUUUUUUUUUUUUUUUUUUUUAAGAGUGGCUUUGGAAGUUUCUGCACUGAACAAGUGAGCAGAUGAAGUGCUGUGUUAAUAAUAUUCCAUUAUUGCCUAUAAAAAAAAUAUAAAGAAGUCUUCGUUCUUUAUGUGAAGUAGGUGGGAUGGGGUAGGGAAAUUAAAGUAAAAAUGAUAUAAAAAUCUCCUGUUUGUAAAAGAAUUUACUUUUAUAAAUAUAUAAUUUUUUUUCUUUUCCUUUCGCACAAGAAGAUUUUUCAAGGAAGUUAUAUUAUACUGAAGCAUUAAUUCUGCACAUUGCAUUGUUAAAUUGGUAUUGUAGCUUCUUUCAAAAGCCUUGUUGGAUUUUUU